GACCGGCUCCCAGAGCACUCGAGGCCGGUGCGCGCUACCCCGCGGGUCCCGUGCGCGCGCCUGACCUCCCUUGCCCAGUCGGUGCGCGGCAUCGCCUGGCCCCGAUGGCCCCCGAGACCCCGGCCCAGGGGCCUAUCCCGCGCUACUUCACCUGGGACGAGGUGGCGCAGCGCUCGGGACGCGACAAAGAGCGGUGGCUCGUGAUUGACCGGAAGGUGUACAACAUCAGCGAGUUCACCCGCCAGCACCCCGGGGGCUCCCGGGUCAUCAGCCACUACGCGGGUCAGGACGCCACGGAUCCCUUUGUGGCGUUUCACAUCAACAAGGGCCUUGUGAGGAAGUAUAUGAACUCUCUCCUGAUUGGAGAACUGUCUCCGGAGCAGCCCAGCUUUGAGCCCACUAAGAAUAAAGAGCUGACUGAGGAGUUCCGGGCGCUGCAGGCCACAGUGGAGCGGAUGGGGCUCAUGAAGGCGAACCCUGUCUUCUUCCUGCUGUACCUGCUGCACAUCCUGCUGCUGGAUGUUGCUGCCUGGCUCACUCUUUGGCUCUUUGGGACAUCCUUCCUGCCCUUCCUCCUCUGUGCAGUGCUGCUCGGCACAGUUCAGGCCCAGGCUGGCUGGCUGCAGCAUGACUUUGGACACCUGUCCGUCUUCAGCACCUCUACAUGGAACCACCUGCUACAUCAUUUCGUGAUUGGCCACCUGAAGGGGGCCCCUGCCAGUUGGUGGAACCACCUGCACUUCCAGCACCAUGCCAAGCCCAACUGCUUCCGCAAAGACCCGGACAUCAACAUGCACCCCUUCUUCUUUGCCUUGGGGAAGAUCCUCUCUGUGGAGCUUGGGAAACAGAAGAAAAAGUACAUGCCGUACAACCACCAGCACAGAUACUUCUUCCUGAUUGGGCCCCCAGCCUUGCUGCCUCUCUACUUCCAGUGGUAUAUUUUCUAUUUUGUUAUCCAGAGGAAGAAGUGGGUGGACUUGGCCUGGAUGAUCAGCUUCUACGUCCGCAUCUUCCUCACUUACGUGCCGCUGCUGGGACUGAAAGGCUUCCUGGGCCUUUUCUUCAUGGUCAGGUUCCUGGAAAGCAACUGGUUUGUUUGGGUGACACAGAUGAACCACAUCCCCAUGCACAUUGAUUACGACAGGAACGUGGACUGGGUCUCCACCCAGCUCCAGGCAACAUGCAAUGUCCAUAAGUCGGCCUUCAAUGACUGGUUCAGUGGCCACCUCAACUUCCAGAUUGAGCACCAUCUUUUCCCCACGAUGCCUCGACACAAUUACCACAAAGCGGCUCCCCUGGUGCAGUCCCUGUGUGCCAAGCAUGGCGUAGAGUACCAGUCCAAGCCCCUGUUCUCAGCCUUUGCCGACAUUGUCCACUCACUGAGAGAGUCCGGGCAGCUCUGGCUAGAUGCCUAUCUCCACCAGUAAGAGCAGCCUCCCAUCUGGAAGAAGAGCCUUGGAGCCAAAGCAGAGGGGGGCUUGGGGACAAUGCCACUACAAUCCUAAUGUUCAGAGGGGGUGGGUUUGAGGAGAUAAAGGCUCUGACUCAAACCCCUCCCCUUUAUCUUCUAGGCACAGAUCUAAGACCCAAAGAGGGGUGCGCAAGCCCCCUGGAAGGAGGGGUGGAGCUGUUGGGACAGGGAUGUGAAAGUUUUGUUUCCUUUUUUGUUUAGCAGAUGCAAGUGGUUGGUGGGCAAAGAGGGAGUCAGGAGGGUGUUAGAAUAGGGAGGGUCUACUGAGCCCAGAAAUCAGGAAGAGAUUUAGCACUAAAAUUCCACCCAGGGGACUUCCCUGGCGGUCCAAUGGUUAAAACUCCGUGCUUCCAAUGCAGGGGGCGCAGGUUCAAUCCCUGGUUGGGGAACGAAGACCCCACAUGCCGCACGGUGUGGCCAAAAAAAAAAAAAUUCCAUCCAGGAAAGGGAGGAGCUCAUCCCACUGGUCCACUUCUCAGUGCCUUCUCCACUCUUGCUUGCAAACCUCAGAAGUUCGCAGGCUGGAGGAGGACAGAGCAGCUCAACCUUCUGGGCAAGAUUUAGAAAGGAAGCAUUAGCGCCUGAGGCCCGGCAGCUUGGCUCACUCUGGGGCUAGGUGUGACCCAUGUCUGCCUCAGGCUCCUGGAGAAGCAAUUUUUCCACUUUUAGAAGCAGGGAGGGCAAAGGCCAGGGCUGUGGUGUCAGAGGCAUCUGGCCCUGAAGGAUGCUGCCACUACAGGAUUUGGUCCCGCAUUCCAUCCAGGGUACCAAAGGAGCAUGAGGUCCCAGGGCUUGCCAAAACAGCCAGCAGAGAGUCGCUGGCCAUUAAAAAUCCUUUCAGCUUUUGACCACCACCCGAGGGAGAGCACACUCCUAGGAUGGGGAGUCUACUUCUCGCUCCAUAAGCAGGUGGGCAGACGGGCGCUUAGUCUUCUCCUCCACAGAAACAAACGGGGGCUCCCAGGGGUUUCCCUUUGCUCCCCAACCUGUAAUUCCAAAUUUAAUAAAGUAGCAGUUAGUGAGCACAAGUGACCAAGCUGGGAGAGGGUGAAUUAGCAGUCAUGACGAAAACACAGGGUUCAGUCAUAAAGAAUAUAAGGGCCGUAAGAGAUUUUCCAUCACCUAAAUUAUGUAGCAUUAUUUCUGAGCAGGAGCAAUGGGUUAAGUGUAAUGACUUCAUAGUUCUAACCGGAAACAGGAAGGGGAAAACGCAGACGUUUGUGAUCUCAUGGCUGCCCUUCAGCAUCCUUCCUCUGGCAGUUCUGUCCAAGUACCUUUCUCUGCUGGAGACCAGGUAGGAAUUUAGGAGAAUCUCUUAAAGGUAUAUCAGUCUAAUACUGAAAUACAAUUUUUUUAAUCUCCGGUUUUUUUUAAAAGAUAGAAACAGUUUAACCCAUCUCUAGAGAGUGAACACAGGACUGUGCCCCAUGGGUUGCCAGCGUUCACACCCUUUCCCCUUCCCACACCCACAGCCUUGCAGGUGAGGUGAGGGGAUCAUUCACUUGUCCCAACAGCAUCUACUCGAAGCAUAUUGAGCAUUUUGGACACUGGAAAGAAAGUACCUUAAACUACAAGGAAAAAGCAGAGACCUGGGAGAAUUCAUAUUUAGUUUAGGAAAGGAACGGCAAGGAGAUGAGAAUGGUAAUCAGGGAGAUGAAGGUCCUAAGGCAUGUUGGGGUGGGAUUAGAGGCACCACCUAACGGGAAGGCUGUUGUGAUUACUCAGAGGUUUGUCAAAACAAAGACAGACUUAAACACACACACGCACACACGGCAGAACAGGUUACAGAAGAUUUUAGAUCUUUUCCAUUUGGGCAGAACCUGGCUUGAAACAGUCUGGGUAGAACAAUUAGGAGCAGAAUUGGAGAGUUCUACUUUCACUGGCGCCUUCAUUCCAGAACAGGUGCUGAACCCAGCCCAUCAAGCCAUCUGGCUUUGGGCCCAGGCUGCCCGAUCUGAGCAGAGCCAGUGAAACUUACUGAGCCAAGUCCAAGCCCUCAAAGCACCUCAACCACUGUGGCCUUCUCUCCUUAGCCUGGACCAGUGUGGUCUCACAUGGCCACCAAGGGACAGACUAGUGACAAAAAGCUCAGACGUCGCAAGGUAACACGAGUGAUCUCAAAUCCAAACAAUGACAUGAGAAAACAGGAUUAGAGAGGAUAAGCUGCCUCUGGUCAUAGACGUGGCAGAACUAACAUCUGAACUCACUUUGUAAAAACUCCAACUUCUAUGCUUCCCUUCGUGACUUUCAUCUUCCUACCACUUUGCCAGAGGCAUUUUCAGCGGACCCAGUACCCUUUCUGUGUGCCAGUUUUGCUACCACACGCCAGUGGAGUAAAACAGAAAUAAAGGCAAUUGACCAAACGAAGGCUGUUACAAUCCACGAUCCUCUCCUGCAUGUUGGCAGGAGUCCCUGUACCUCUGCUGCAAGUUACUAUCCGACUCUCUCACUUCUUUCUGAAUAUGAGUCCCCAUACUGACUCCCCCUUGCCUAAGCCCCUUGGGGCAGAGGGAG